AUGUCUAAGAAGGAGUUUCUAGUUCUAAGAGGUACCUUGAAGGGUCACAAUGGGUGGGUUACAUCUUUGGCCACUUCCCCAGCUUUACCAAACAUCUUGUUGUCUGGUUCACGUGACAAGACCUUGAUCACUUGGAAGUUGACUGGUGACGAGCAACAAUUCGGUGUUCCAGUUAGAUCAUUCAAGGGUCACUCUCACAUUGUCCAAGACUGUACUUUGACCUUGAACGGUAAGUUCGCUUUGUCUGCUUCUUGGGAUAAGACCUUGAGAUUGUGGAACGUGGAAACUGGUGACUGUAUCAACAGAUUUGUCGGUCACAAGUCCGAUGUUAUGUCUGUUUCUAUCGACACUAGUGACACUCAAAUUGUUUCUGCUUCUCGUGACAAGACUGUCAAGGUGUGGAACACCCACGGUGACUGUGUUGUUACCUUGUUGGGUCACAACGACUGGGUUUCCCACGCUAGAAUUGCUCCAAAGGAAAACGCUGAUGAACCACCAUGUGUUAUCACUGCUGGUAUGGACAAGGUUGUUAAGGUCUGGAACUUGAGCUCUUUCACUAUCGAGGCUGAUUUUAUUGGUCACAACAACUACGUUAACAGUGUUAGACCAUCUCCAGAUGGAUCUAUCUUCGCUUCCGCUUGUAAGGACGGUCAAAUCAUCUUGUGGAACUUGAACGAGAGAGCUGCUAUGUACACUUUGGACGCUAAGGACGAAGUUUUUGCUGUUGCUUUCUCUCCAAACAGAUACUGGUUGACCGCUGCUACUGCUGAUGGUAUCAAGAUCUUCGACUUGCAACAAAGAACUGUUGUCGAUGACUUGAAGCCAGAGUUUGUUGGUUACAGCAAGGCUCAAGAGCCAUACGCUAUCUCUUUGGUCUGGUCCGCUGACGGUCAAACCUUGUUUGCCGGUUACACCGACAACGUUAUUAGAGCUUGGCAAGUCAUGACCGCUAACUAA